AUGUCUCCUCUCCCGUCCGUAGCCAUCGACGCCAUCGAGGUUUGUGUGAACCCUGCACUUUGGACCCCAGAGGCAAAACAACGAAACGACAAGGACCAUGAUGUGCGCCGCGGGCCGAGCAGCACUGGCCAAGUGCUAUUCAAUACCAUGACAUGGGCUGCUACCGGGCACGAGACAUGA